AUUAGAUAAUUUAAAGCUUUUGUUUGCUUGCGUCACUGUCACCGUCACCGUCAUGGGGAGCUUUCAGUUUGUGUUUAAUCAGGUUAAUGGCAAAAAUGGCAAAGCACGAAGAACUCCCGAUUCCAACCAAUUCAUGACACCAUCAACGCCGUCUACGAUCACUCCACCCAACUCGAGGAGGCCCAACUCUUCGCUUGCUCUCCAGGAGAGUGAACUUGACCAGAGAGCACAUAGACUACGAGGGCUACUCGGUGCUGCCGUUGGCCAUGCGACAGUACACCAUUGUCGCAAUUUGGAAGCACAAACGACGACGGAGACACCGAGAAAGUUCUCAUAAUUUCCAAUGGUCAACAAGAAGUACCAAAUUUGUACUUAGCCAACCGACCCUACCAAGGAAAUUUAGAAUCACAAAUGGGGGCCUUAUUUCAUUUGGGUCGUCUUUGGAAAUGUUCGACUACUUCUAUAAGUCCCUCCAUUAUUGGCCUAUUGAUCUCAAUGUCAAUAAGCUAUUGCUUAUCAGAAUGCAAAACAAGAGUGAAACAAGAGGAAAAUUAGUUUUCAUUUCUUCUGAAUACGAUGAUGAAAGCUUUUCUUCACUCACCCUUGGAGAAAAAGAGGCAUGCAUACAAAAGAUGCAACUGCCUAGAACCUUGGUUCACAUUGAAGCAUGUCAUCAAAGGGAGUAGUCAACUUACAAUUGCCAGAUGGUGUAAUUAGCAUCUUUUAUAGAGUUUUAAUUUUUAUGUAAAUGGGUGAUAGAAUUUUAAACUUUUUGAUAAUGUUGAAUAGUUUCGUACACCAAAUGACAGAUGUGGGCUUGACAUAAUAUAAAAAGAUCUUUAGAAAUGUGUAACACCUGUCAAUGUAGUUGUAU